GUCCUCAUUAAUUGAAAAUGGAAUAAAAACGCUACAUUAAUAGAUUCCAUUGUUACUGAUCGUGAAACUAAAUCAAUAGUUCCUUCGAAUCAGAUGCCAAAUAAUUCCUAGUAAAAUGUUCAGAAUAAGCUACACUAUUAUAUUUCUUCAGUUCUCAACAUAUCUAAUAGCAACCAAUGGCGAAUAUCUUGGAGGACCUUGCGCAGAAGCUAUCAAUGAAUAUAUUAAUUCAAUAUUACGGACAUACCCUGGUAUAGUUCUACCUCCAUUCAACUAUAAUUGCAUGCAGGAUAAGGAUAACUAUUACGAUGUGAUGAAUAGAAGAGAUCUCGGCGAUAUACGAUUAUCUCAAGCAACGCAAAGUCAUCAUGCUUUUUCAUCUGCAGGAUUAGAUAGAAUAAUGUCACAGUCAGGCCAAGGAGGAGAAGCUUUGAGAAGAGAACAAGUAUCUCAUCAAUCUGGGAAUAAACGUUUCGAAACUAUGGCAGCAUUCAGUGACAAUAUAGGUGAACCAAACAAAAUGAAUGUGAAAAACACGUUUGAGACCGGUUUAAGCCACCACAAUCAGUUUCAAAGCCAAGCUGCGUUGACAGAAGCUCAUCUACAAAACCCAAACCGUCUUCUUAAUCAGAGGAUGGAUGACAGACAAAAUAACUUGGGAAUUUAUUCGGGUGUACCAGGAGGUCCAAGACCUGUAGAAUCUCCUAUGACAAGGCCAAUGGAUGAUUACCAAAGAAAAUUAGCUUUCAUUCAAAAUUCUAUUUCGAAUCAAGGUGUACAGGAAAAUCAUAUUUCAAAUAGAAUAGGUGUAGCAGAUGAUAUUUUCUACCAGAAACGAGGUGACCAUGUUGGAAACCAACAAAUCCUUGGAGGUUACUCUACAUAUCAAGAGAAAAUGAGACUUCUUCAACAGAAUGAAAUGAGAAAGGAGCAAAUAAGACUUCAACAAGAAAAUGCACUCAAACCCCUUCAAUAUUACCAAGGUGGAACUCAGAAGAAAGAAACAGUGGUCAGUAACCAAGCAGCAAACCAAAUUAGAGAAUUGGGAAUGCCAAAUGCAAUGCUUGGUGGAAUGAAUGGAGCUCCACAAAUAUAUCAGCCCUACGGAGGGCAAAAUCUAGGUUCUAAAAUGUAUCCCGACCAAGCGGCUGAUGGAAUAGAGAUAUAUAAUACCGGAGAUGAUAGGGGCUAUGUUAAGGGAGGUCAAAAAGUUUUAAUAUCUAAUUGUCCUGAUGGUUCCGAUUUGUGUAUUACCAUUGAUACUUGAUUCUGCUCAUCUUAACCGAAAUAAAUGCUAUAGAUAAAAAUAA